GCAGUUCCAGCGGUCUUGGAACUCGGGCAGCCCGCCGCAGAUCCGCGCCAUCUUCAAGAUCCACGCGAGCAGCGCGGUAGCAACAGCUUAUCACAGUAAAUGCAGCAGAAUUGGGCCCAUGGCGGCGCAUGGCAAUGGAAGCAAACUCGCCAACCAACAACGGCGCUUCCACGGCACACGGCAGAGCUGCGCCUUCUCCGGGCAGCCGUGCACCAAUCCAGGCUGCCGAGCCUGUUCUAUCAUCCGUGGCGGCUUCCAGAUCAAGCACUUGUCGGCCAACACACAGAACAGGGGUGCUUUUGGUCCGGGGCACUACACCUCUGCCAAGUCAUCGACGGCAAAGGGUUAUGGCAACGUCCUCAUUGUCACCAUUGUGGCCGUUGGGAUCGCCGACCUGGUGCAGGACCCCACGUCGGCGCCGCUUCCGCCUGGACGCCAUUCACGAGUGGCCAACAAGUCCACUGGCAAUGAUGAACUGAUGGUCCCUGGCGACGACCAGAUGCUGCCGUCUUACUUGGUCCUGUUCUGA